AGCAUAAGAAUUAAAGGGGGAAAACAAAAAAAAAAAGUCCAAAAGUUCCAACAUUUUCCCGAGAAAACCCAAAGCGCGCCAAAUCCACGUAAAUCGGCAAACCCACCACCGCCGGAACCCCGGUACCACGGUGGCGCCACCACCACAAACAUGGGAAAGCAAAAGCAGCAAGUCAUCUCUCGCUUCUUCGCCCCCAAAUCCAAACCUCCUUCAUCCACCACCGAUUCCCCUUCUCCUCCUCCGUCCUCUCCUCGUCCAAACCCUCCCACUCCAAAAAUCUCAGCCACCGUCACUUUCUCUCCGGCGAAACGCCGCCUUACCUCUCAGCUAACAUCCCCCCACAAGUCCCCCAAACUCCCCAAACUCUCCCCUCACACCCACAACCACAGCCCCUCACUCCACCAACGCUUCCUCCAGAAGCUUCUGGAACCUUCCUCACACCCUUCUACUUCUGACCCACAACCCCAUUCGUCUUUCAAAUCAGUGAAGUACACUCCGUUGGAGCAACAGGUGGUGGAGCUCAAAGCCAAACACCCUGAUGUUCUUUUGAUGGUUGAAGUUGGUUAUAAGUACCGGUUCUUCGGCGAAGAUGCUGAGAAUGCUGCUAGAGUUUUGGGUAUAUAUGCUCACAUGGAUCAUAAUUUCUUGACUGCGAGCAUACCAACUUUUCGAUUGAAUGUCCAUGUGAGGAGGCUUGUGAGUGCAGGGUACAAGGUUGGUGUGGUUAAGCAGACUGAGACUGCAGCUAUUAAGGCUCAUGGGUUGAACAAGUCCGGCCCGUUUUGUCGAGGCUUGUCGGCAUUGUACACCAAGGCCACGCUGGAGGCGGCAAAGGAUUUGGGGGGUGAUGAAGAGGGGUGUGGGGCAGUGAGUAACUACUUGCUGUGUGUUGUGGAGAAGAGCAUUUUAGGAGAGAGGUCUAAUUGUGGGGUGGAGGGUGGUUUUGAUGUUAGGGUUGGAAUUGUUGCUGUGGAGAUAUCAACUGGGGAUGUUGUUUAUGGAGAGUUUAAUGACAAUUUUAUGAGGAGUGAGCUUGAGGCUGUGCUUGUGAGCUUGUCUCCGGCUGAGUUGCUUCUUGGUGACCCUCUUUCCAGACAAACUGAGAAGUUAUUACUGGAUUUUGCUGGACCUGCCUCAAAUGUUCGUGUGGAACGUGCCUCACGAGAUUGCUUCACUGGUGGAGGUGCUCUUGCUGAAGUUCUGACCUUGUAUGAGAACAUGUGUGUCGACAGCCCAUCGCAUUCAAUGCAAAGCAAUGAUUUGAAUGAGCAAAGCAAUCAGCAGUUGGUAGUCAAGGAGGUAAUGAACAUGCCAGAUUUGGCUGUCCAAGCAUUGGCUUUAACUGCUCACCAUUUGAAGGGAUUCAGUUUUGAAAGAAUUCUAUGUUCAGGCGCUUCUUUAAGGCCCUUCGUAACCAAAACGGAAAUGAUCCUCUCGGCCAAUGCACUACAACAACUAGAGGUUUUACAAAAUAAAAUUGAUGGAUCUGAGAGUGGUUCCUUGCUGCAAAUUAUGAAUCAUACUCUUACUAUAUUUGGUUCCAGGCUUCUUAGGCAUUGGGUAUCUCACCCAUUAUGUGAUCAAACCUUGAUAUCUGCUCGUCUUGAUGCUGUAUGUGAAAUAGCAGAGUCCAUGGGAUCUUUUAAGGGCAAGAAGCUUGGAUGUUUUGAGGAAGAGCCUGAUGUAUCAAUUGUGCAGCCUGAGUUGGCAUAUGUACUUUCACUGGUUUUGACAGCUCUGAGCCGAGCACCUGAUAUACAGCGUGGGAUUACAAGAAUUUUUCACUGCACUGCUACUCCAUCUGAGUUCAUUGCCGUUGUUCAAGCUAUUUUGUCUGCUGGGAAGCGGCUUCAGCAACUUAAAAUAGGGGAGGAGGAUAAUAAUAAAUUAUGCUCUCAUCUGUUAAAGAAGUUAAUUUUAACUGCUUCAUCUGCCAGUGUCAUUGGUAAUGCUGCAAAAUUGUUGUCAUCCUUAGACAAAGACUCUGCCGAUCAAGGAGAUAUACCAAAUCUGAUCAUUGCAUCUGAAGGACGAUUUCCCGAGGUCAUUAGAGCUAGGAAGGAUUUUCAAAUGGCAGUGGAACAAUUAGAUUCAUUGAUUAGCUUGUACCGUAAACGGCUUGGAAUACGAAAUUUGGAAUUCUUGAGUGUUUCUGGAGCAACACAUUUGAUAGAGUUAUCAACAGAUGUAAGAGUGCCUUCAAACUGGGUUAAGGUGAAUAGCACAAAGAAAACAAUUCGGUAUCACCCUCCUGAAGUAGUGACAGCAUUAGAUGGCUUAUCAUUAGCGAAAGAGGAGCUUACUAUUGCCUGCCGAGCUGCAUGGGAUAGCUUUCUGAGGGACUUCAGUAAACACUAUGCUGAGUUUCAAGCUGCUGUUCAAGCACUUGCUGCUUUAGAUUGUCUGCAUUCACUUGCCAUUCUUUCAAGAAAUAAGAGUUAUGCUCGCCCAGUGUUUGUAGAUGAUUAUGAACCUGUUCAGAUACAAAUUUGUUCUGGCAGACAUCCGGUUUUGGAGACUACCUUACAAGACAAUUUUGUCCCAAAUGAUACAAACAUGCACGCAGACAGAGAGUACUGUCAGAUUGUCACUGGACCCAAUAUGGGAGGAAAAAGUUGCUAUGUUCGCCAGGUGGCUCUGAUUGCUGUAAUGGCUCAGGUUGGUUCCUUUGUACCAGCAUCAUCAGCAAAACUGCAUGUCCUGGAUGGGAUCUACACCCGGAUGGGUGCUUCUGACAGUAUUCAGCAAGGUAGAAGCACUUUCCUAGAAGAACUAAGUGAGACUUCACAUAUACUGCAUAGCUGCACAGAACGUUCACUAGUUAUAAUUGACGAACUUGGGAGAGGUACAAGUACACAUGACGGCAUGGCCAUUGCUUAUGCGACAUUGCAUUAUCUUCUGAAGCAGAAAAAAAGCAUGGCCCUCUUUGUCACUCACUAUCCAAAGAUUGCCAGUCUGGUUGCUGAAUUCCCAGGCUCUGUGGCAGCAUAUCAUGUAUCACAUCUGACCUCACAUGAUAAUGCUAGUAAAAACUCCAACUUGGAUCGUGAAGAUAUCACUUAUCUGUACAAGCUCGUACCUGGUGUUUCAGAGAGGAGUUUUGGGUUUAAGGUUGCGCAGCUCGCGCAGUUACCACCACUUUGCAUUAGUCGAGCCAUUGCCAUGGCUUUCAAAUUAGAAGCACUAGUAAACAGUAGAGUACAUAGUAGAUCGAGAAAGGAGCUGCUCUUGGAUGCACCCAUGAUUGAUCAAGAGCAAGAAUCGCGUGAGCUUAUGGUCCAACCAAACGAUUGUGCCCUUCAAGACUUUGGUAGAGCUUACAAGGAAUUCUCUUCAAACUUAAAAUCUGCAAUACUAGAUGAUGACCUUGCAAAAAGCUUUCAGCUUUUGGAGAAUGCUAGAAGCAUUGCAAAGACAUUAAUUGGCAGAUCAGUGCAGUCUGUAUAAGUGAGACAUGACAUGCAGAUGCAGGGUUCAGAAGUCCUUUGCCGUGUUGUAAAAUGCAGAUAAUAUAUUUUUAAUAAUUUUUUUGUAUAUCAGUUCAAAGUUAGGCCUUCCAAUUUUGUUCUUCUACGUCCUCAUGCAUUAAUGAUGCCCUGAUUGGGCUGGAAGUAGGGAGGUAAGUGGAGAAUUUAACUUUUAUGAUUUGCAUAAAUUUGUAUAUAAAUGUUCUGGAUAUUGGAUAAUGCUCCAGUGCAAAGCAGUAGCUUUUUUUCUUUUGGUCAAUGGUGUAUAUGGAACUAUGGAAGUUUUUUUUGGUCAA